AUGGACGACGAAGACGGGUUCCAAUCUAUCGCAUGGGACGAUGCUCCCCCUAAACUCCCACACCUCGACGUGUCAUCGCCUAUCGAUGAUGAUCACGGUUUCGAAACCAUCAGUCCUGUACCUCAAUCUCCCGGUAGUCCUUCGACUUCCACAGCGAACAAUGAUACCCCACGAGCACCCCGUCGGACUCUACCAGCAAAGCUUGAAGAGGUUGAUCCGGCCGAAUGGGGUGGUAGAUGGAUGAGUGUAGAGGUGUACAGUCCGAUGAAAGAACAUGAUGGGACAAAGGACAUGUUCGUUUCUUAUGCCGUUCGAACAAAGACCAAUCUACCUACGUUUCGCACUUCAGAAUCUGUAACAAGAAGACGAUUUCAAGAUUUUGUAUUCCUGCAUGAUCAUCUAGCAAAAAACUUUCCGGCCUCGGUGGUACCUCCCAUCCCCGACAAACACCGUUUAGAGUACAUCAAAGGUGAUCGUUUCGGUGCGGAAUUUGUUGAGCGUCGUCGACAAGACCUUCAACGUUUCGCAGAUCGUAUAGCUCGUCAUCCCACAUUACAACGUAGUAAAUUAGUCUACGACUUCCUAACCUCUUCAGAAUGGUCCGUAGCGAAACAUCAUCAUCUUGCUCAUCCUCCACCUGAUUCCCACACUUCACUCCUCGACUCUUUGAGCGAUACAUUUAUCAAUGCAUUUUCACGUGUUCGUAAACCCGAUGCUCGAUUUGUGGAAAUGGCCGAACAGCUCGAACGAUUCGAAGAAGGUUUAGGUGGUGUGGAACGUUUGAUGGGAAGGAGUAAGAAUAGGGUGGAUGACUUAGCGGCGGAUUAUCAAGAUAUGGCUGCUGCGUAUCAAGGUUUGGGAUAUUUAGAAUCGGGUAUAACGGAACCGUUGAAUAGGUUUGCAGAGAAGAUGUUAGAUUUCUCAGCUUUACUCAAACAUAUGAACGCAACAACCUUAGAACCUUUCCUCUUACAAUCUCACUCUCUUCUCACCCACGCAGCAGCUCAUAGAGGUAUCAUCAAACUCCGAGAUCAAAAACAAUUAGAUUUCGAAGAACUUUCAGCCUACUUAUCUGCCAUAGUAUCGGAACGUGAUCGACUUGCUGCUCUUUCCUCUGGACAUGCGGGUGCACCAGUGGGAUUAACAACAUAUCUUCGAGAUCAGGUUGAUCGUCUGAGAGGGACAGAUGAUAUACAUACGAGAAGAGAGAGAAUGAGGAAGUUGGACGGAAGGAUAAAAGAGUUGCAAGACGCGGUCACAAACGCUCACGAAACAAGUACGGCCUUUUCUGACGAAGUGUUAAAAGAACAUAAUGUUUUUGAAUUAUCAAAGAAAGAAGAGAUGAAAGAGAUGCUUCAAACUUAUGCUGAUGGUCAAAUUGAGAUGUUUCAAAAGGCAAUGGACGAUUGGGACAAAAUCAUUCCCAUUCUACAAAAGAUUCGUGUGGACAUAUAA